AUGUCAACAGGUAUAAUAUCAGCUACCUCUGUAUCCGGUGAUAAACCAUUCCAAGAUGUAUUGGUGCCAGUCACUGUACAAUCCAAUGGCUCACUAAGUACCAUCCUAGAGAAUAUACCAUUGAAUAAGACACAUCGAAGGAGGAGUGCCAAUCUUAGCAAAGAUACCCUAUAUUGCUACAAGUGCAAGACGAGGAAGACACCUGAAUGGAGGAAGGGUCCGGAUGGUCCUGCCACGUUGUGUAAUGCAUGUGGCCUAUCAUUCGCCAAGAAGCUAAAGGUUGAGAAGCAUAGAUUGAGGAACUUUGCAAUGCUCCAGAAGUCGCAGUCAUCAAGUGCACAACAACAUCCAAAGACCAACUUUGUCAAUGAGAGCAUCACCGAGAACAAUACAAUGUUCACAUCUAUGCAUAUACCAUCAAUGUCCUACUUGAACUCUGAAGGUGAAUUCAAUCAGAGCUACCAAGUUGUUGAUGAUACGUCAUAUCCCAAUCCUCUGGCUUCCACGACCCUCAUCCAUCCUCCGUCCUCAUCUUCCCUCUCGGAUACCAAGCAAGGACAGUCAGCGACCAAGAAGGCCAAGAAGAAGAGCUCCAAGACCCAUACAUUCCAUCAGUACAACCAUUCCAACAACAAUGUCAACAGCGCCAAUGAUACCAACUCUAUUGAUCCGUUUACAUCCACUCCUUCGAGGCCAUCAUUCAAAGAUCCCUUCAACAACCCCAACAGACAGCCGCAACAUGUCCCUCAAUAUACUCCACUCAAUGCAUCUGAUGACUACACUCAGAGGAGGAAGCUUCCAAGCAUACUGCUCAGUCCAACAUUGAUGUCGUCCAACUUGAACGAACUGGUGUAUGCCUCCACAGAGUUUGCCAACCUUAACUCGAGCUGUUCCACUAGUUCGGACUACGAUCCAAGGUGCGCAAUCUCUCAAUCUGUGCCAAACAUCAUCUACCAUCCCGAUACUACACAGACACCAUCAAACAAGUAUCAUUCCAACAUAGUUGAUCUCAGUGGUGGUGGUGGAAAUGAAGUUGGCUAUCACUACAACUCAAUGCCAUUCUCUGGUGGACCGAUCAAUGAGAAUGAGCAUCAUCAAUCAUAUAUCUCCGAUCAGCAACAACAGAACCUUCCUCCAAUGGUCCACCAUGAUCACUUGAGCUAUUCAGACUCCAACAUCCAUAUGGUCAGCAAACAAGGAUACAACAACAUCUCCGGUGACCAGGACUACUCCUCCCAUAUGCAUCAACAGACCAACCAGAUGUGCGAGCUCAUUGACCAGUCUCAUCAUCAACCAGUUGACAUCAACACAGACUAUUGGGUACCUUCAUACCACACCUCUGCACCAGUCUUAGACCACCAACAGCACCAUUAUCAACAACAACAACAACAUCAACAUCAACAACAACAACUGCAACAUCAACAACAUCAACAUUUUAACCAAUUGGCUGCAUACCUUCCAAGCUUCGUUGUGGAUAGCGCACUUGAUCAUUAUCCAACACAGUCACCAAUCCAUGUAUCUCCAAUAAUGCAAGGUGCCAGUAUGUGA